UAAACAAUUUGAUCUGUCAAAUUAAAUUUACUUUUGUUUUCUAAUUUUUGAUUAUAUUUUAUGUGACAAACAGAGAUGAAGUUAACUGUAGAUAUUGUUGCCAAUGCUCGUCAGUAUAUUAAUCCAGCGACUAAGGAUCGAGAAUUGGAUCUUCGUGAUUAUAAGAUCAGUGUGAUUGAAAAUCUCGGCGCUUGUUUGGAUCAAUUUGAUUGUAUCGAUUUCACUGAUAAUAACAUAAGACGAUUAGAUGGUUUUCCCCUUUUAUUACGAUUGAAGAAAAUUUUAAUCAGCAACAAUAGGAUUAAUCGUAUCGCUAAUGAUUUGGAUUCCUGUUUACCCAAUCUUGAAUGGUUAAUAUUAACCAAUAAUUCACUUGGUGAACUUGGUGAUAUUGAUGGAUUAUCUUGUCUACCUAAAUUAGAAUGUCUUUGUUUACUUAAUAAUCCAUUGACAACCAAAAAAUAUUAUCGACAAUAUGUUAUCCAUAAGCUGCCCAAAUUAAAGAUACUCGAUUUUUGUAAAAUUAAACGAAAGGAACGUGAAGAAUCAGCUAGUUUGUUUAAAGGUGGAAAAGGUAAACAAUUGGCAAGAGAAAUUGGAAUCAAAUCGAAAACAUUUAUCACUUCUAAUUCAAAUUCUACAACCUCAUCAACCAUCACCACCAACAAUAAUAACAACAUUGAGACCAACAGAUCGACGACAAAUCAACAUGGUAAACCGAUUCAUACUCCAGCCGAUGUGGAAGCAAUUAAAGCCGCGAUUGCCAAAGCCAAGACACUGGAAGAAAUUGAAAGACUUAAUCAACUAUUGAAAGCGGGUUAUAUUCCUGGUAGAGCUUUGACCUCUGGUGAUGUUACUAUGACCUCUGAAUCUGAGAAAGAUUCUGAUGAUCAUGAUGCUAAUUGAAUUUUUUGUUCUGAAAAAAAUCAAACUUUUUCCAAUUCCAAUCAAUCAACUUUUGUAAUACUAUUUAAAACUUCAAGAUUGUGUAACAAUACAAAACCCAAUUACAAAGUUAA